AUGUCUCACAUUCGUAAAGGUUCAUCCGCAUCAAGUCCCGAUUUACGUAACAUAAAUGUUACUUCAGGAACUCCUUUGUCUGAUAUAUCUAACGUUGAUACAUGCAGCAACAUUGACAAACCUGAAGCUGUACAAAGAACAAAAGCUAGAAGAAUAUAUUCCAACAGUAAAAGAUUCAAUACAACCUCAUCGCAGACUCAAUCCACACUAAAUUAUUCAACUCAUAAUAAUAAAGAAAAUGUAACUUCAAGCACAUCUACCGUGUAUAACAGAUCAUUAGUUACGCCUGGGAUAAACAUCAAUUUUUCCUCUGGUAUAUCAUAUUCGGAAACUCAUAAUACGAAUCUUCCUUUUUCAACAAAUCCUUCACAUGAUAUUUCCAAUGACAAGGAUGAGGCUGCAAACAGAAGGAAGGCCAGACGUAUAUACUUGAAUAGCAAAAGAUUGAAUAAAAAUUCAACACAGACUCAAUCGUCACUAACUUCUUAUACGCCAAAUAAAGAGAAUAUUAGUCCGAACACUACUUUUACGUUGAAUAGAUCCUCUUUUAGCGUCCUCUCAAGUAUCAAUGUCUCUUCCGGUUCAUCUAAAUUCAAUUCAGGAAACAUUGCAUCUUCCAGUGGUAUCCCAAGAAACAUUACAAGCAACUCAGCAUCAGUCAUGAUACCUUCUUCAUCGUCUACAAUUCCACCAAAUACUGUUAUAGCAUCAGAUGAACCUUCACCAUUGAUAAGAAUGUCAUCAGGAAAGCGGAAAUUAGUAAGAAAACGACGAAACUUAACACCUAUACCUAUUAUUGAUUUGACAACAGAUGAUGAUAACGAGGUUGCUGAUAUCAUUGAUCAACAUUUAAAAGGUGUUUCAAAAGACUACUUGGAUCAUGGUGACCAGAUUAUCGUGUGUCGAACGUGUAGCGCAAAGCUAUGGAAAGCAGAGGCGGAUAGGGGAGAACAGAAGCGAAAUAAACCUAACUAUUUCCUUUGCUGUUCAUACGGCAAAGUUUUGUUACCUGAUUUUAAGCAGCCUCCUGAAAAUUUGAAAGAUCUAUAUGUUGGCGUCAGUGCGAAGAGCAAAUUCUUUUUAAAAAACAUUCGUCGUUAUAAUUCUAUGUUCUCAUUUACAUCUAUGGGAGGAAGGAUUGACAAAACUAUCAACCGUGGAAAUGCACCUUAUGUCUUUCGAUUAAGUGGUCAAAAUUAUCAUACUAUUGGGAGUCUAUUACCUGAUGAUGGAAAGGAGCCAAAAUUCAGCCAGUUGUAUAUAUACGACACAGAUAAUGAAAUAUUUAAUCGACAAAAUGCAGUUGGGGGCUCAAACACUUCUUUUACAAUAACUGAGUCAGCUUUUGAUGUUCAGAUCAUUGAGGAACUUACACUUAUGUUAGACACUAACAACGCUUUGGUUAAAAUUUAUCGACAAGCUAGAAAUUGUUUAAACGAAAACCCUUACAUCGACUUGAAGCUUUGUCUAAUUGGUAAAAGAUCCAAAGAUGGUAGGACAUAUAACCUUCCUGAAGCUUCUGAAGUUGCUGCAUUAGUUAUUGGAGAUCUGACUCAAGCUGUUGAGAAUCGUGAUAUAGUAGUGAAAACAAGAUCUGGUCGGAUUGAGCGCAUAAGUGAAUUACAUCCUUCUUAUCUUUCUCUACAAUACCCUCUUUUAUUUCCAUACGGAGAAGAUAUGUACAGGGUUGACAUUCUUCAUAGAGGUCUCAAUCCAGACACGAACAGCAAACGUCCAAUGUGUACUAUGCGUGAGUUCUUUGCUUAUAGACUACAAGAUCGUGUCGAUAAGUUUUCUUUGAUUCAUAAUGCAAAAAGACUUUUCCAACAAUUUGUUGUUGAUGCUUACACUAUGAUUGAGAGUGAAAGGUUGUUUUACAUACGGCGACAACAAACUCAUUUGAGGUCAGAAACUGUUCAGAAUAUUCAGAAUGCAAGUAAUGCUGGAAAAAAAGAUAUGUCAAAAAUUGGAACACGUAUCUUUAUUCCAUCUUCCUUCACUGGCGGUUCUCGAUAUAUGAUGCAAAAUUACUUAGAUGCAAUGUCUUUGUGCAAAUGGUUUGGGUAUCCAGAUUUUUUCAUCACUAUUACGUGUAAUCCAAAAUGGCCGGAGGUGCAAAGGUUUUUAAAAGAUACAACGAUAAGGCCUGAAGAUAGACCGGACAUUUUGUGUCGAAUUUUCAAGAUAAAACUAGAUUCCAUAACAAAAGAAUUGAAAGAAGGCAAGUUGCUCGGUAGAGUUAAUUCUGUUGUCUAUACUGUUGAGUUUCAAAAACGCGGACUUCCUCAUGCACACAUAUGUGUAUUCAUGCAUUCUGACAGCAAGAUUCUAUCUGUUGACCAACUAGAUCCAAUCAUUUCUGCCGAAAUUCCAGACAUAGCCGAGGAUCCAGAGUUAUAUAAACUUGUGGCAGACUACAUGAUUCAUGGUCCGUGUGGUCCUCUCAAUAUGAAUUGUCCUUGCAUGAUCGAUCGUAAGUGUUCCAAGAAGUUUCCUAAGAAAUUUGUUAAUGAAACAUGUUUGGAUAAAAAAGGUUUUCCAGUUUAUCGUCGAAGGGAUUCUGGCCUAUCUGUUGUUAAAUCACGUGUGAACGUAGACAAUAGAUAUGUGGUUCCAUAUAGUAAAGUUUUGUUAAAAAGAUACCAGGCGCAUAUUAACGUUGAAUGGUGCAAUCAAGUUGGUUCUAUCAAAUAUUUGUUCAAGUACAUUAACAAAGGCCCAGAUAGAACUACUCUUAGAGUUGUUGAAAGUGGAAAUCAGGAUGAGCAGGAACCUGUAGUCGAUGAGAUAGAAAAGUAUUACGAUUGCCGGUAUAUUUCUGCAUGCGAAUCUGUUUGGAGGAUCUUUUCAUAUGAUAUUCAUUAUCGAUAUCCCGCAGUUAUUCGAUUGCCGUUCCAUUUACCUGGUCAGCAAAACGUAGUAUAUGGCGCAGACGAUGACAUUGACGAGGUUCUUAACAAACCAUCUGUUGCUUCUACUAUGUUCUUAUCUUGGAUGAAGUGUAAUGAAAAAUUACCUGAGGCACGUAAUCUUACUUAUGUUGAGUUUCCAUCAAAGUAUGUUUUUAAAUUAAGAACUCGCAGUUGGGAUAUAAGGAAACGACAUCCGUCAAUCGGUAGGAUUCAUUCGGUGUUUCCUUCAGCUGGUGAAGCAUACUACCUCAGAAUAUUAUUGAACAAAGUAAAGGGACCAAAAUCUUUUGAAGAUAUUCGUACUGUAAAUGGUAAUUUGUAUCCAACUUUCAGGGACGCAUGCUAUGCGCUAGGGCUUUUGGACGAUGAUAACGAGUACAUUGAAGCUAUCAAAGAAGCUAAUUUGUAUGGAAGUGCUACUUAUCUACGGACGUUAUUUGGAACAAUGCUGAUGUCUGGUAGUUUGUCUAGACCUGAUUUUGUAUGGGAGAAAACAUGGACGUAUUUAUCGGAUGACAUUUUAUAUAGACAAGAAAAACAUUUGAAUGUUGAUGGUUUAAAUUAUUCUGACGAAGAAAUAAAGAAUUUGGCGUUGUUAGAGAUUGAGAAGUUCUUACUUCGUAAUAAUUCAUCUCUGAGGAACUAUUCAAAUAUGCCUUAUCCUGAUGAUGAGUCUAUUUCUUCGUCUAACAAUCGAUUGAUCAACGAGGAGUUAUCUUAUUUCCAAAAUACCAUGGAAGAUGAGUUGAAUAAUAUGUUACUACUUUUAACAGAUGAGCAACGUAAUGUUUUUGAUCAGAUUAUGGAAUCUGUUAGAACAAACAAAGGUGGUGUCUUUUUUGUUUACGGAUAUGGUGGCACCGGUAAGACCUUUCUUUGGAAGACAUUGUCGGCAGCAAUUCGAAGUAAGUCUGAAAUUGUUUUAAAUGUUGCUUCAAGCGGUAUAGCUUCUUUGCUACUUUCUGGAGGUCGAAUAGCCCAUUCUUGA